AUGUGCGUUACCAUCACAAAUUUCAGAGGGUGCGGACACUCGCAUAUGGAAAAAGUCCCUUGCAAGCACACCAAGAAAUCUCUUUGGUGCUUUGGCUCGGGGUCAACUUCAAAAUCAAAACCUUGCCUUCAGGAGCAUCAUGUUUACUCUCACGGAGUCUGUCGUACUUGCCAUGAGAACCAGGAGCGCCAGAGGCGGGAGCGUGAAGCUCGAGAGCGUCGGAGAAACCCCAGAAACAGGGACAGCUUCUUCGAUGUUGAACUGAACCGCGAAUUCACGGCCCUUCCGCAUUUUACUAUUGAACCCCCACCACCAGCAGUGGUUCGAAACAUCCAACCGCAGCCGCAACAGCAACCGCAGCCGCAACCGCGACAGCAACCGCAGACACGUUCGUAUUGUCAAGUGACUAGAUCGAACGCCAUCUCCUCAAGGCCUCGGGCGGGCGGCCCCCGCCUCCAUCACCCUGUGCCUCUCAGUCCUCAGAGGGCCCGUUUUCUUGACAACAGCGAUGAUGAACUGCAGCCUCCCUACCCCGUGGCGCGAGGCAGGCCAGACUCGUACCACGAGGCCUCUCUCAACGCGCAGGUCGCAUCGCUGCCGCGCUUUGCUCCCUCUCCCGCCGCUACUGGCCGCCCAAGAAAAGUGGCCCUAUGA